UACACAACAAUGAAUCUGUUUGUCAAUCAAUUUGGUGGUGACCAAACCAGCAACACAAACACAUAUGGAUCAACGAAAGCCAAAUUUGAUUACAUCAAUCUCUACUUUUCUCAUCGUUCUUCUUCUCUGUGUAGCAAAUGAAAUCGAGUCGGCACCUACAAAUCCAAGCAAGCAGCAGCACUUUGUGUUAGUUCAUGGGUCAUGCUUCGGUGCUUGGUCUUGGUACAAGCUUGUAACCCUAGUUAGAUCAUCCGGUCACAACGUCACUGCCCUAGACCUAGCUGCUUCCGGGGUCGACCCACUGCAGGCAAAGAAUCUGCGAUCGAUUUCCGACUACUUGAAGCCCUUGAGGGAUUUCAUGGAAGCUAUUGAUGGAAAGGUGAUUCUUGUUGGUCACAGUCUUGGUGGGUUGGCCAUUUCUCAAGCCAUGGAAAGAUUUCCAGGUAAGAUAUCUGUAGCUGUUUUUGUCACUGCCCUGAUGCCAGGCCCGGCCCUCAACAUUUCCAGCCUUAAUAAAGAGUCUUUCAGGAGACAAGAUUCUCUAUUAGACAGUCGAUACACAUACGACCAAGGCCCAAGCAAUCCUCCGACCACUCUCAUAUUUGGCCCGUUGUAUUUGGUAUCAAGAGUGUACCAACUUAGCCCAAUUGAGGAUGUUGCUUUAGGCAGCAUGCUAAUGAGACCAAUACGUUUGUUCAGUGAAGAGGACUUGUCCAAGAAACUCAAGCUAACCAACGAGAAUUACGGGUCGGUCAAUCGGGUUUACGUAAUAUCGGAAGGAGAUUUAGUCGGAAAGAAGGACUUUCAACGGUGGAUGAUCAAGAAAAAUCGGCCAAACAAUGUGGUGGAAAUCACAGGAUCUGAUCACAUGGUCAUGAUAUCCAAGCCAUUGGAACUUUGGCUGCAUCUCCAAAUAAUUAUUAAAAAGUAUACCUAAUAGCUUAAAUUAUCUCUAAAUAAUAUGUCAAAUUUUAAACAUGAAAUUUAAAUUUGAAGAUGUAUAUUAU